AUGCAUGUAUCAAAUCCUUCACCUCAAAUUACUCCCGAGACCCAGAGCGCCUGUCCUGUCCGAUCCGCAGACUCGCCCUUCUUCGUGCUCCCCAAGUCUUCUUCUCCCCAAGAGCCUGCUGCGCCAGAGGCGAAACAGUCAACACUAUCCAAGCUCAAUCCGUUGAACUACAUGUUUUCAUCUCUCUCGCAAGAGCGAGCUCCGAACCAGACCGUUGACCUAGGCGUGGAACGUGAGGUCUCAUCUAUACCUCGAGGCGACUCGGAAGGGAACUGGGAAUAUCCCUCUCCGCAGCAGAUGUAUAACGCUAUGUUGCGAAAAGGGUACACAGACACUCCGCAGGAUGCCGUGGAGGCCAUGGUUGCAGUUCACAACUUUUUGAACGAAGGCGCUUGGGAUGAAAUUGUCAACUGGGAACGCAUUUUCUCCAAAGGAUUGUCCCACGGAUGGGAGAAGUGUCGACGAGGCGAAGAGAACAUUCCCCUAGAGCUGGCCAAAGAAGAAUAUUAUUGUACUGCAACUACAACUCCCCCACGUCUUGUGAGGUUCCAGGGCCGGCCACAAGAGCUUACGCCGAAAGCACAGUUCUUCCAGCUUCUUGGCCAGCUAUAUCCGUCGAAGUUUGAGACGAAGCCUCCAUUUGACCGACAUGACUGGUACGUGGUGCGCGAUACACCGUCGGGUCCCAAGGAGAUUCGCUACGUGAUCGACUACUAUUCUGGACCUCCAGAGCCGACAGGAGAACCUGUCUUUUACCUUGAUAUUCGGCCCGCCUUGGAUACACCCACAGCUGCCGUCGAGCGCCUUAUGCGCUGGGGGGGUAAUGUCUGGUAUAAAGCCAGCGGAGGCGCUGUCCGAGAAAAUGGCGGAAACUGA